AUGUCUUAUUCUCUUCCCUACUUCUGUCCGUUUUUGAGUCCAAGAUAUUUUUUAUUUACUUCGUUAUGUUCCUGUUAUGUGUCUUCUAUUUUAUAUGCCAGAAUAUUUAAAAACAAGCAAUUUUCUGUAUUCGCUCUUUUUCUUGUACCAUUCAGUGUUUAUGGAAUACGUCGAUAUGUGGUUGAGGAAUUGGAAAUAGACGAAGGAUACGAAACAAGUGCUUUAAAAAGUGUGUGUUGUAUUAAUUCAUUAGUACAGGAUUUACAUGAGAUGCAUGAAAAAAGAAUAGGUGUGUAUAAAUUUAAAAGUGAACCAAUAAUUGAUGACUCAUCUGAAUACGAAAUUUAG